GUUGAGAGUAAUGUUACCAGCGCUGAGAGUGUGAGGAGGCUGCGUAUCGAUCCCGCUCUCACAGCCAUUGCAGUGCACCGGGCUACACAGGGACCCAGGCAGCGCUGGGGCCGGGCGGGUGGCCGGGGUAGUGUCUUUGGGGCUCAGGGCCGAACGAGGGCUGUGUGCCGACUCUGACACGGAAAAUCGUCAAAAUGGGCAAAGGCGAUCCUAAGAAACCGAGAGGUAAAAUGUCUUCAUAUGCCUUCUUUGUGCAAACCUGCCGGGAGGAGCACAAGAAGAAACAUCCAGAUGCUUCAGUGAACUUCUCAGAGUUCUCAAAAAAGUGCUCAGAACGAUGGAAGACUAUGUCUUCUAAGGAGAAAGGGAAAUUUGAAGAUAUGGCAAAAGCUGACAAGCUUCGUUAUGAAAAAGAAAUGAAAAACUAUGUACCACCUAAGGGGGAAACGAAAAAGAAGUUCAAGGAUCCAAAUGCACCGAAGAGGCCUCCUUCGGCUUUUUUCUUGUUUUGCUCUGAGUUUCGUCCAAAAAUUAAAGGAGAACAUCCUGGUCUGUCCAUCGGAGAUGUUGCGAAGAAACUGGGGGAGAUGUGGAACAACACUGCUGCAGAUGAUAAACAGCCUUAUGAAAAAAAGGCUGCUAAGCUGAAGGAGAAGUAUGAAAAGGAUAUUGCUGCAUAUCGGGCCAAAGGGAAGGUUGAUGCAGGCAAAAAAGUAGUUGCCAAGGCUGAGAAGAGCAAGAAGAAGAAGGAGGAGGAGGAAGAUGAGGAUGAAGAUGAAGAAGAUGAAGAUGAUGAAGAGGAGGAAGAGGAGGAGGAAGAAGAUGAUGAUGAUGAUGAAUAAGUCUCUCUUAGAGCAAAUUCUUUCUUGUCUAUAAAGCAUUUAACCCCCCUGUACACAACUCACUCCUUUUAAAGAAAAAAAAUUGAAAUGUAAGGCUGUGUAAGAUUUGUUUUUAAACUGUACAGUGUCUCUUUUUUUGUAUAGUUAACACACUACCGAAUGUGUCUUUAGAUAGCCCUGUCCUUAGUGGUAUUUCAAUGGCCACUAACCUUGCCUGGUACAGUGUGGGGGUUGUAAAUUGGCAUGGGAGUUUUAAAGCAGGUUCCUGUUGGUGCACAGCACAAAUUAGUUAUCCUUGGGGAUGGUAGUUCAUUUUUCAUCUUCAGUUGUCUCUGAUGCAUCAUAAAACCAAUUGUUGUUCUGUUAACUGAAUACCACUCUGUAAUUGCAAAAAGGAGUUGAAAAGUUGCAGCUGUUUUGUUGACAUUCUGAAUGCUUCUAAGUAAAUACAAUUUUUUUUAUUAGUAUUGUUGUCCUUUUAAUAGGUGCCCUUGAAAAAUCAUAUGUUUUCUUUUUUGUUUUCUUUUUUUUUUUCCUUGAGGGGAACUCAUCUUUUGCUUUGAAUACCUGUAUGGGAUCACAGGAAUAUUACAAUUUUCAUCUUUCAUAUAACCAGCUGAUAAACAAAGCUUUGAUCUGCAUACCCUGCGUAAUCAUGGUAGGGUAAGAAAAGAAAUACAGGCAUACAAUGAAAGGAUGUUCUUCCAUAACUGGAAACAAAAGGAAAAAUUCAAUCUCAGCAAACUGAUACUUGUUCAGAUUUUUGUGAAAUGUAAUAUUCUAUCGAGUUGCAUGAGUUUACCAGUCUUGGAGAGUUGAGAAGUAUAGAGUUCAAUUUUACAGAAGUUAAAUACUUUGGGGCAUGGGGCGGGACGGGGAGGGAGGGAAGGUUAAAUUUUGUCCUAGAAGGACCCAUAGGAAGAGUGUACGCCCAUCUAGUGUAGAGAAAUUUACAGGUGUGACUCCAUUACCAUGUAAUGGAAGUUGUGUUUGUAAAUCUCUGAACACUGGCGAGUGAUGAGCGUACCUAAAAAUGUGUAAAGUUAAAGCAUUGAAUUACCAUAUUAUUUUUUGGUGACAGGUCUAUUGAUGGCCACGGGCUUUAUACCAUGAAACUCUCCUGGUAGCAAAUGGCCCACGAGAAAUGAUUUUUUUCUUUCUAAGAUUUCUAUAAAUGGUACCAUUAUUAUUUGUUAAAUCUAUGUAAAUUCAUAUUUGUAUUCUUGAAAUUCUAGUUUUAGCCCUUUAAACAAAGUUGUAUAUUGUCUCAAAUUGAAAAUGAGAUAAGAUGUAUUUUUCCUGUUAGGUUUUAUACCGCACUCUUGAUGUUUGCCCAUUUUUAAGUUAAAUAUAGCUGUAUGGAAAAGUACAUUUUAUUAAAUUUUGCAUUAAAAAGAAAAAGAAAAAAAGUUAAAUGUUUAUGGUAUACCAACAAUGUCUAAUUUGGUCAAAUGCAGUUCUCUUCCAAAACCAAAGCUAAGGGUUUUUUGCAUACUCAGUAAAACUUCAAGUGCUGGCAACUGUAACUGUUUUCACAAUAUACCUGCUUACCAGUUUGGGGGACAAUUUGGCAAUUUUGUGGUUACAAAAUUAUGGUUCUCUUAAGUGCCAGUGUUUAAAAAAAAAAAAAAAAAAAGGAAAAAAUAAAAAAAAAGAAAAAAAAAGAAAAGAAACCAAACAACAACAAAAAAGGCAUUCUUGUAAUUUUACACGCUUUUGUGAUGGAGUAUUGUUUUGUUAUACAAUUUUGACUUUCAGAUUCUUAUUUCAAUUUGCAUUUAUGUAUAACUUCAGGAGAAAUAUUGAACAUCUAAAUCCUGGAUGAUACUAAUAAACUAAUAAUUGCAGAGGUUUUAAA